GCUCGCGGCGCAGAGCUCGCGCUGCUGUGACGGUGGGAAGCACAAUCCGCGUGCAGCCAGCGCGAGACGAAGACCUAGCAGCACCAAGCCGUGAGCGAUGAGCGGACAGCAAACGAUGACUCAUUCGGGUUUGGCUUCUGUCCCCCACAGUGCGUGAGAGAUGACUGACCGAGCAGCAGUUUGGAACAAAUGACAGAAGAUUACACAUGCUUGAGGUGAAAUGAGAAGAUGCCAGCAGCUGAAACGCAAUCUAAUUUGAUUACAAGAAGAAGAACUAAGAACUAAAGAAGAUGAUUGAGAACUAAAAGAUGCUUUAAAUGUCUUCUACCUCCAAUGAUUUCUUAAAGCUGCUCCGAGAGAAUCAGCAACAAUUUUACUGAAAGGGUCUCCAGGUGGAAGUCAGCGACUGGGAGUCAGGAUGUGGCCCCCUGACCUCGGGCCUCCAGAUGUCCGGCUGACUCUUCCUGGUUUUGGAAGUGUGUUUGAGGAUGCAGAGGACCUUCAGGCCCCACUGUCUUCUGGUGGCUUCUGUCAGCCGUCGAUACAUUCAGGUGGUCUGGGCGUAUGCUGUCUUCCGCGGACCUCCCUGUCCCUGUCCUCUCUGGGUCGUGAUCUCAACUCCCUGCUCAGCUGCAAGACAGCUGGAUCCCACUUAGAAAAGUCUAUGGAGGACUUUGCCACCACAGCACACGCAGAUCCUAAAAACAACAACCAGAGGUUCAGCUGUUGCCCCCAGCCGUCCCUCCCUUUACCCUACAUGCUCACCAGCUGUGCCACAUCACCUCCUUUUGGCUCUCCAUCAUCUUCUCUUUCCUCCUCCUCCUCCUCAUCGUCUUUAUUUUUUGCUUCUUCCUUGCCUCUUUCUGAUGCAUCCAGUGGCGACAAGACUUCCUACCAACAACCAAACAUGCAGGAAGAGUAUCACUCAAUCAAACAAGAGCCUGCAGAUGACUUCUCACCAUGCAAGAGGGAACCGUUUCAAAUUAACAACCAGCAGGGGGAGCUAUUCCAGGUGAACCAGCCCCUUCAAGCUUGCGAUGGUCAGGACAGCACCCUGCUUCAUUUCAGGCUUAACGGACCUGUAGGACAGGACCCCACAGUGGACCAACAAGACCAGCUGUGUCAUUGGGUCGACUGCAGUGCCACUUACAGCAGCCAGGAGGAGCUGGUGAGGCACAUCGAGAAGGUGCACAUCGACCAGCGCAAAGGAGAAGAGUUUUCCUGUUUCUGGGCCGGCUGUGUGCGACGCCACAAACCCUUCAACGCCCGCUACAAGCUGCUCAUCCACAUGAGGGUCCACUCUGGAGAAAAACCCAAUAAAUGCAUGUUUGAGGGCUGCACCAAGGCGUUCUCACGUCUCGAGAACCUGAAGAUCCACCUGAGGAGCCACACGGGAGAGAAACCCUACAUCUGCCAGCAUCCCGGCUGCCUCAAGGCCUUCAGCAACUCCAGCGACCGGGCCAAACACCAGCGAACACACCUGGACACGAAGCCGUACGCCUGUCAGCUCCCAGGAUGCACCAAACGCUACACCGACCCCAGCUCGCUACGGAAACACGUCAAGGCUCACUCAGCCAAAGGCCUCCAGGAGCGAGAGGUCAAGGUUCAAGUGCACACAGUGCUGGAGCCUGAUGUUUUGAGUGAUUGUCUGGCGAGGCAGCAUCUCCACAGCUCUGCCUCUUCCCACCACGGAAACAGCUCACCUUUACCAAGCUUAGACGACUUCACAGGUGUGUACUCAAACAGCAGCACCGUCAACAACAGGGGAAACUCUGAGUUUCUCCAUCCAUCAGCAGAAACCUGCUCCAGGUAUCAAGACUUGGAGGGAAACUUUGAUGCCAACAGCCCAGCGUCUUCACUAACAAGCCCAGAGAGCAUGCAAGAGGGGAACAGAGCAAAGUCAUUGUUCAGCCCAGUGAGCUCCUUGUCAGACAGAGCAGAAGUCCAGCUGCAGGGCUACCACAAAGCCUACAGCCACCAACAAAUGUUCUCCCAGCAGCAAGGAUGUGUGUAUGGCGAAGGAAAGGUGGUUCAACCGGUCACUGAUGGAGGCUUUGAACCAGCCAGUUACUUCACAAACCCAGCUGCCUCUCACUCAACAGGGUUCGACUUGUUGCAGGACCUGCAGGGCCAGGCUGGGGGCGGUUACUCCAUGUCUCCCUGUUCAGACGACAGCUUCCUCUUCCAGGCAGGAGGUGUCGACCGCUGCCUCAACCAGGUCUACUCCAUCUACCUGGACUCAUGAUGGCCACCCAGGACCAAAAAAAAAACAAAAAACUGAAUCAGAAUCACUUUGGUUUCCUAGUGACAGAGUACAGCAUGCAGUAUGUGUGGCGGCCGACAAUCACAACAGUGGUAUACUGUAUAUUUCAAGGCUGACGCUGUCAGAAUUGUUCUCGUUCUUAACAGAUGUGAAAUAUAUGUCCAUAGGAGUUUUAACAGUACAAUCUAAAGGGCCAAGUUGAUUAGAGGCAGAGCUACAGGCAGACUAGCAAUAUGAAGAGCCAAACAGGAAAUCCGGUCAAAUUAUAAAUGUAAAUAGCAGUGACUUCUGUAGUCAAAGAUGACCACAGCAUUUAUGAUCUGGAUAGAACAAGCUAUGAGCUCUAUUUGCUGGGUUGUUCUGUUCAGACAGUGACAUAGCUGACUCUCUGGCUCUGCCACUGAGAUUAAACUCAACCCGUGAGUUUAAUUUCUGCCUGCACAGCAGCUUCACAUCCAGAAAAUGUUAAAACAAUAUUUCUCAGAAAGGCAUCUUAUAAUAUAAUGGUUCCCGAUCUAGGGUUGAUAAAUAAAUCUGUUAGGGUUGAAAGAUGACUAAGCAGAUACCAAAGAACAAAAUAACAUAGUUCACAAAUUUUAUUAACUUUGUUUGAUUUUUCCAGAUUUUUUGUUUGAUUAUUUUUUUACUUCUUUGAACAAGUAGCUUCAUUUAAAGGUGUCACAAGAAAAAGGUUGGGAACCAUUAUGUUGUAAUUUAUCACGAGUUGUAUUUACAGUCCAAGCAAUAGAGGAAGGAAUAGUUAAACAUUUUGGGAGAUGUAUUCAUUGUUUUCUUUAUGAGAGUUAGAUGAGAGGGUCAAUAUCGUUCCAGUGUCUAAAAAUCUGGCUACAGUCAAGAGACAGUUGGUUUAGCUUAGCACAGAGACUGGAAACAGGGAGAAACAAUCCUUAGACUCUGUCUAAAGGUCAUAAAAUCCACCUACCAAUAACUGCAAACCUUAAUUUACACAUUACAUCCUGGUUAUCUUAUAUGUACAAGAAAAUGUGGAAAAAUAUGGAAGGUUACAUUCAGGAAGUCACUGCAUUCGUAUAAACCCCACAAAACGUCAUCUUAUUGUCAAACUUUGUUUUUCAUGUGGAAAAAAAACAAAAAUAAUAUAACUUGUCAUAUAGAUGUUGUAUAGAAAUUCUGAUAGGCAGAUUUUAUUAUCUAUGGACAGCGCCAAUCUAAGCUAACUGGCUGCUCAUAGUAGCCUCCUAUUUACAUAACUGACAUAAUAAAAAUUUUACUUGUGCGUAGACAGCAUAGAAAGGCAGACGCAGAUAUAAAACAAAACAACAGCAAUGUAUAACCACACAAAUAAAAAAAACAAAUCUACAUAUGAAAUCACCCAAGCAAUUAAAACAGUUAAAAAGAUUAACAUGAAAUCUGACAACAGAUCAGUGUUAUGCAAACAAACAAGUCUAUUUAUCAGAUAAGAAGGCAAGUCCAUAGACAUGUGUUAAAAGAGAGGAUUUAAAAAGCUGAGACAGUGCCAGCAGACAAGAGGCCAGAGUCAAGGCGCCAGUGCAGCAAAAGCUCGGUCACCCCUUGACCUUAACAUGGAUUCUGGAACAGCUACAAGGGCGAAGCCAGCAGAUCUAAGAAGUCUUUUGGGACAGUAAAGAGAUUUAUAACUAGCGCAAAGAGGCUAAAGCUGGGGUUUCAUGAGAAGCGUGUUUGGUCCGAGCCAUGAGUGGGGUUGUUGGAGGUUUAUCAGUUUUCUCAUAUGACUUUCUGCAGGGAAGCACAUCAGUAUAAUAUCCAAAUGUCAAACUUCCUGCAGUUGUGUUUAUCAGCAGCCAAAUUACCUUGUAGUGUCACUGAGGAGCCUCCAGCUGCUUGAUAAUUUUAACUUCUCAGCAGCAGUAAACUGUAGCAGUGCUGCCACCUAGUGUUUGAAUGGCUGUGUGUAAAUAUAAUAUACGGUACAUACAGCCUUUGUGCAUCAGUGCAUCAGUGUGGGUGACUCCUGGGACUAAUAAACUGACACACAAAGCAAACACACUGCACUAAAAUGUAUCGUCUAUGAUUUGUCUGUUGUGGGCUUUCAAUAUGUGUAAUCUAACGACGUUUGAGACCGUAGCAUAAUCUCCUUUUUUUUUGUAUUGUUUCUUUUAUUGCUUCUGCACAGUGCCUUUUCAUGUUUGCUGUAUAGUUUCUAUCAGUGUUUAUUCAGUGAGAGGGAGGUGUGCAUUGUUUACAGUAAGUUCUCUGCACUCUUUCCUGUCUCAUCACUGAGACUUUAAGAAAAUGACCGACCAAAAAUGUUUACACUGAUUUAGUAGCAAUUCAGAGUCCUUACUAUUGUAAAUGAACAGUGUAUAUAGACUGUAUGAAAAUGCACCCGUCUUUUAUAUCUAAAUAAAAAUAUCUGUUUAUGUA